GUAGCAUCAAGGCACCGGCCUAACAGAGGUCAUUUGUAUCGCAACUCUCAUAUUGAACUACUGGGCACCAUAGUUGCAGAAGUAUUCUUAACAGGGUUGAGGAUAAAGAUGACCACCAAGGAUCUCGCCUAGGAAUGAACAUCACAUGUGGGAGACAGGCUAUGCACAAGGACGUUACCAUGUAUCCACUUUCUGUAAGAUCCGCCAGCAAUAACCACUCAGCGCAGAAUUACGCCUCUAACCAACCUUAUUUCAACUAUGUUACAUAUCAUCAUGUUCCACCUAUGGAUGAACAAGGGCAGCCCUGUGGAGUUUGGGGACCUCAGUAUGGCUCACCAAGGGAGCAAUGGAACUCUUAUGGAGCUGGACCUUCCAACACAAAUAUGGCACAAUCAUCUGACUUAUCACCUAACCAAUUUGCCUAUAAUUCUUCUGGCUAUAGCUCCCCGCAUCCAUCCGGCACUGGGAUUUUACACUCUGUAGAUUUGUCUCACACAGCUGCCAACUCACCCAGCGAUCUUAGCCAGAAUUCUUAUGAAUGGAUGGGGAAAACCGUGCAAUCGACUUCUACAGGCAAGACGAGAACCAAAGAAAAAUACCGGGUGGUGUACACUGACCAUCAGAGGCUGGAGCUGGAAAAAGAAUUUCAUUACAGCAGAUAUAUCACUAUCAGGCGGAAGACAGAGCUGGCAGCAAGCUUAAGACUCUCUGAAAGACAGGUAAAAAUCUGGUUCCAAAACCGCAGAGCCAAAGAAAGGAAACUGUUCAAGAAGAAAAUGAAUCAGUUUGACGGCAUAUGUUCUGUGCAGAGUGAUUCCAGUUCAGCCAGUCCAAACCCACUUUGUGACUCUGUGGUACAUACGGAUAUGUCAGGUUCCUUAUACCAGCCGCCACCAAUUGCACUCAAUGGUCUCUAGCAGAGAAGGAUGUGUCUGCAAGAAUGUCACUCCGUUCCAAAGAACUGCAAGCUUUGGCAGUAUUAAGUGAACACUGAUUGUUACACAGGCAUAAGACCUACAAGUCAUCACCACAGUGUGAUAAAUACUAUACAUCCAUUUAUCCUUUGUUCCACUGGAUCCAAUGCAACCAUUGGGUUUGUGAUUCAUGAAGCCUUUGACUACAGAAGAUACGUGAGAAGGGGUUUGCUUUUAUUGACCUGGAAGCCCUUAUGCAGUUGAAGCUAUUCCUGGGAAAUGCACCACAAAUGUGUAAUAGAAAUCUGAAGCCGUGUAUCGAAAAAAAUUCAGUGAUCAAUUACAGACUCGGAAUAGGAAACCAAACUGUUGUGUUAAGUUUUCUUUACAUAGCAAGAUUGUACAAAGCCUUAAUGGAAACUGAACUCUAGGUCUUCCUAUCGUCUUUAUUUUAUAUAAAAAUUUUUGGGCAAAAGAUUAAUUUAUUGCUCCAUGUGACCAGUGGCUGCCCCUCUAGUUGGAAGCAGCUGCAGUCAAACUAAGGCUACUUUGUCAGAUUGAGACAUGCACAUUGGUAUCAUUUGUUUACAGUUUUAUAGAAUAUAGUUUUACUUCUUGGUUAUUGGGGGUUCUGUAAGAGAUUAAAGGAAACUUCACACAAUAUGAACUAAAAAUGUAAAUAUUAUAUCUAGAGCAGAGAUGUCCAACUUCUUUUAUGCAGUGGGCAAAUUAUCCACAAUAAUGCCUAGGGGUCAGAUCAUAAUAAAAUGAUGUCAUUAAUUAUGCCAGGCCCAGACUGGGAUUCAAAAUAGGCCCUGACAUUUUGAGUACACAAAGACCUAAACAGCACCCCCAUAGGCCCAAUAAAUAGUGACCACGCAUCACUAGUGCCUGUCAAUGGCAUUUUACAGCAGCCCCUUUACCAGAACCUACAGAUUGCCAGUCCAGACCUGCCUCAAGCGGAGAGGCAACAAGCUCUACAGCUCUACUCAGGGACACUCAUGUGCAUACAUGUAUAUGUGUAAACAAAAAGAAAGCUCAUCAACAAUGUCAUUUCUUACGGGUGUAUAUACAUUAUAUAAUGUAGGUAAAAAAAAGCAUACCUGCUUAUCUGUUAACAUGAAGUGUCCGUAGCAUCCUGCAGCAGUGAAAUCUAUGCGUGGCUUGGUUUUGCCGCCUAAAAGACAAACCAAGUAUAAACAAGUAUGAACCAAAUAUAGACACUUUAAGAGUGUAAAUCCUUAUGUCUGGGGCACUGCACCAAAUCUGUACUUGUAGGUGCUGUAUUAUAAAUAUAGUAUAUUUGAUCCAUACACUGAAAUAUAGGCUGUUCAUUCGUUCACAAAAAGCAAGACAUUUGUGUUUUUACUCACUGCACUUGAUUAGGGUUUCCAUGUCUUUCAAUGUAAUUAUUUAAUAAAGAAUAAAGAAGUUUGA